AUGGGAUCUGCACGCUUGGCUGCAUAUGCCGCUAUAGGACUAUCUUCUAUCUGUGUGAUUCUUACCGUAUUCUAUCUGCCGGUGUUUAUCUCAAGGAUACAAGCCAUUCAGAACAGGCUGGCAAAGAAUGUGGACGAGUUUAACGUUAUGGAGGCGGAAAUUUGGGUAGACUUACAGCUGGCGCGCAAAGAAACAACAGGUCAUAUGGUGGCCAAACGUCAGAUUGAAGGAGAAUGCGUGUGCAGCGAAAUAAACGAUUGCCCACCCGGCCCGAAAGGUCGGCCUGGGAUGGAU